UUCAUGAAGAGAUUUCUUCUUUGACUCAAUCUAUGAAUUUGGUAUUUAGAAGUGAAAACCUGGAAAUUGAAUGAUCGACAUCAGCAUUUCUAUUUGAGUGAAAAAAAAAACCAAAACGGCUCGAUCUUUUCUUUUUUGUGACCAAACAUCCAAGUUCUGCCUUUGACAUUUUAUCUUUAGACAUUCAAAGAAUCUGAGGUUUAACUGUAUGAGAUGACCAACAAAUGUAAACACAGUUGACCUUGGCUUAAGGCCAGUUUUUCCUCUACUUUGGAUCAAAAUUUGACAUGCCUCAGCUCACCUUGUAGCUUCAACCACGUGCGUGUGGUUAAUGAUCUUUUUAUGGCCAAAAACAAUAGAAACUCUGAGAAAUCGAAGGUUGUGCAAAUCAAAUAGAGAUAACGGUUUGACUCCAAAUAGCACCCAAACCUGUUCCUAAAAGCAUCGGACGAUGCGGUUGCAUAACAACGUUGAUCAACCCACCUGUGCUUAUCAUAUAAGUUCACCACUACCUGCUACACAUCUCUGCACUGCAAUCCGCUUCCUACCACCUGCCACCACAGCAGAGGAACAGCUGAAACCAUCCAACUUAAACCAUGCAGUUUGCCGACGCCAAUUUCAGCAAGAGCAGCCUUCUCCUGGCUGUGAGGCGAUACAGCUCAGCGGUGAGUGACAUGGAGCAAACCAUUCUGCUGCCCAGCCUGCUGCGAGACGUGCCCUCUGACGAUGUGUGGGACGGCGAAGAGGCAGAGGAGACGUGUGAAGACCUGUACACAAACUACAUGAUGCUAAAAAACAUAAGAAACACAGUGGAGAGUGGCCUGCUGCAUCUGGGCGACCGCAAGAUCGAGGACAGCGUGGUGCUCCACCAAACCCUGGAGCCACUUUUGGACACAGACCCUCAAGUUCUGUUUUGCUUCCACCUGAGGGGACUAUUUUCUGUGAUGAACAGCCUCACCAAGAAGUCUCAGAGCCUGACUGAGAAAUAUAUGGACCUCAUUGGAGUCACAAAGUAGAGAACACAUGUGGACAUGAAGGAACAAGAAUAUAUCAAAUGUCUACACUGGUUGGAUCCAGUGGCCCCCAACAAAUGUGGAAUAAACAUGCACUAUCAGAACUAAUACUUUGUUUAUCUUUGUUUGUUAACAGCAAUAACGCCUUGGAAACUAUCUUUAGAUAGUUCCACCCUAGAGCUGAUCCUGUUCCUGACAAAUGCUAAAUUUUACACACAUCAGAAAUGUUCUCUGCUCAAAUUCAAUCCAAACAAUAAAAAAUAAAAUUUUGUGAGGAAAUGAUCAA